AUGGAAUCUAACAAUUCUGUUUCAAGGAAUUCAAGAGCAUCUAGGUAAUCAUUAGCUGAAGUUCUUUAAGCUCAUUAAGAAUAACAUGAAUAGGAAUUAAAAUCAAAAUUAAAAAAAGCUUAGACUUUAAGUUCUAAAAAAAUUAGGUAGUAGCAAAUCUAAACUUUAAAAGAGUAAUCUUUAAGAGAGAUAUUGGGAUUUUUUACUAAUCAAAUAGAUGUGAAAAGGUUUUUAAAAAACAAAAAGAAAUUACUGAGUAGUGAUGAUACUGAAGAAGCUGAGAAAUAUUAAGAUGAAUUCUUGAACCCAAAUGAAUUUUAAGAAAUGAAACAUAUUUAUGGUGAUUGUAAUAUUGGUGAUGUAGUUAUUGUUUUUCCAAAUCCUGAUGAUGAAGAAGCUUAAGUUGGAGAAGUAACUUUUAUGGAUGCAGAAAAAGUUUUUGAUAAAUUUAUUACUGUUAUUACAGAUGAAGUUUCUAAAUCAUAUUUAAAAAAAGAAAGAGAUUCCUUUUUAUUAUCCUAUCUUACAUUAGGAGAUUAUGUUAAACCAGAAAAAAAGACAAAGAAAUAAGAUGAAAAAAAAUAAAAAAUAGAAAAUGCUCAAAAUAAUUAAAAUUAGAUACCUAAUAAAGAUAAUGAUAAAGAUAAAGAUAAAGAUAAAGAUAAAGAAGCUCAAUAAAAUAACAAUCAUAUUGAAUAAUAAUAAUAGGCUUAAAGUAAUAUUAAUAAUAAUAAACCUAUUGAUAUAGAAGAAGUUAAAUUGUUAUAAAACUUAAAAGAUUAACCAUCAAAAAAUAAUUUACAAUAAUCAUAAUAAAAUUCAGAAAAUGAUAAAAUAGAAUAAGAAACAUCUUAUUAAAAAUAUUUAAAGUUUAUGAAAUUAUAUUCUGAAUAAUUAAAAUUUGAAGAAGAAUAAUAUUAAUUGUAAAGAAAUGAAAGUAUGCAAAUUUUAGGUGAAAGAUUUUCAGAAAUCACAUUUUCUUAAUAAUUUUAUCGAAAAUGGUAAAAACAAAAAAAAUAAGAGGAUUUAAUUAUUGAUCCACUUAAAGAGUUACUUAAAAUUGAUUUAAAUAAUAUAAAACAAUUCAAAAAUAUAAGUAAAUAACUAAGUAAAGGAGGAUAUUUAGUUAAAAAAAUGAAUGAUGAAGUAGAUUAUGAUUGGAUUUGUCAAAAUACACCUCCAAAAGAUUUUUUGACUCUUGUUAGGAUAACAGCUAUUAAUAAAUUAUGUAGAAAUGCUUUUGUUCAUUGUAGAUAGUUUGUUUCAACAACUGGGAAACAUAUAUUUGUUGUAGUAAAAGGGCAUUAAUAAGUAAUAACUAGAUAGGCUUAGAAAAUGAAAAUAACAAAAUAAAUAGAAAUGGGAUUUGCUGAUUUAUUUUCACUUGAGCCUGUUGAUGAAUAAUUUAGACCAUUAAGAUUAAAGAGUUAUGUUCGUAUAAUUGAUGAUGAUUUGAGAAAUUUAUUAGCUUAAGAAGAACAAGAAUAAAAUAAAGAACCAGAAUUUGAUUACUUAAAUUGUUAAGAUGUUGAAAAUUAUUGUUUAAAAUUAUAUAUAAAAGUAAGAUAAUGGAAAGGAAAAGAUUUAAAAUAUAAUGUAAUUAAAAAGCAAAGAGAUGUUGAUAAAAUAUUAAAGGAAGUUGUAACUGAUUUAAAUAUUGAUUAAAGUCAUGAAAAAGUUGAAUUGAUUGAUGAUAUAUAAAUAACAGAUGAAGAAUGGCAAGUUUAUUAUUUAUAUUUAGAAAGUAUUUUAUGUUUUGGUAAAAAAAUCUAAUGGGCAAAAGAAUAAAAAAUGAAGGAAGUAAUAGAUAAUAUUGCUUUUUUAUAUAAACUAGUUUUUCUUAAAGCUUUAGGAGAUGCAAAUCAAAUAUGGUAUGCUGAAAACUAAAAUUUUUGGAGAGAAUUUAAUGGAGAUAAGAGAAUAAUUUUUAAUUUAUGGGGAAGACUUAAUAUUACUCCAGUUGCUCCAUAUACAGAAUAUUUUAAAUCAACAGGUAGUGCAGGUUCUUCAUUAUGGAGAAAAUAUGAAAUUAAUGAAAAUAAACAUCGUUCAGAAUUUAUUAAUAUGGAAAAAAUAAAGAUUACAAAUUCAAUUAUUUUGAAACAUAUAAACAUUUUAAAAAUGUUAUAAAUGCAAUAUAUUUUUGCUUAUUUUCCUAUCCAUGAUUUACAUUAAUUAAAAGGUUAAGGUGAAUUAAAAAAACAAUUUUUUGAGCCUUUAAAAAAGAAUGGAUUUAUUAUUGAUAAAGAAACUUCAGAGGGUGAAAAAUAUUUAAGAGAUUUAUUUAAAGAAUUGGCAGAUGAAGCUGAAUCUACAGAUUUUGAUUCUGAAAGUUUGGAAAAAGAAAGUCAAUUUAAUUAUAGAGUUCCAUGGGAUAUUCCAAUUGAUUCAAUUCGUGAUUAUUUUGGAGAAAAAAUUGCAUUGUAUUUUAAUUUUCUAAAUUAUUAUGCUAAAUAAUUAUGGUAUAUGGCUAUUAUUAGUAUUGUUACAUAAGGAAUAAUGUCAUCUUCUUCUUUAGAAUUAAGAUAAACAGCUAUUAUUGGAUUUUCAAUUGUUAUUAUUAUUUGGAGUACUUUUUUUAUGGAAUUUUGGAAAAGAGAAUAAGUUUAUUUUAGUGUAAGAUUUGGUUAAUAAAAUUUUGAAGCUGAUGAAGCUGAACGUCCUGCAUUUGAAGGAGAUUUUAUAAGAUCAGUGUUAAAUGAUGAUUUAAAUGAAGAAUUUUAUUCUCCUUUCAAAAGAAAAAUGAAAUAACUUUUAGCUUUAUCAAUUAGUGCUAUAAUUAUAGGAUGUGUUAUUGCAUGCGUUAUAGGUAUUAAUCUUCUUAAAAAUAAAAUGAUUGAAGAAAAAUUUGAUUAAACUCUUUCUAAUACAUUACCUAGUAUUCUUUAAGCUAUUUCUAUUAAUGUUUUUAAUGUUAUUUAUAAUACAGUUGGAUAAUCAUUUAAUGUUUUAGAAAAUCAUAAAAUUUUAUCUACUUAUGAAAAUUCUCUUGUAGCUAAAUUCACUAUUUUUAGAUUUGUUAAUAAGUAAUUAUAUUUAUAUUUAUUCUAGUUUUAUUUAAUUUUUUAUUACAUCUUUUUUAUCAAAUUAUUUUGUCUAACUUAAAUUGUGUUAAGUUAAUUUAUAAAUUACAAAUGAUUGUUUUUAAAUUCUAUCUAAUUAAAUGACAACUAUAUUUUUAACUAAUAUUAUAUCUCUUUAGAUUCCUAAAUUAGUUGCUCCACUUAUUAAAGCAUUUAUUUUAAAAGUAAACAAAACUUAAUUAUAAAUAUUAGUUAAUUACAAAAAAGGAUGAAAAAUUAGUUGAACAUCCAUUUAAUAAAAUAGAUGAAGAAAUUGAAAGACAAUUAAAAUUAGAACCAUAUUAAACUAAUGAAGAAGUUGAUGGAAGUGUAAAUGACUAUAUGGAAUUAGUAAUUUAAUUCUCUUAUUUAUCACUUUUUGGUUUAGCAUUUCCAGCUUGUUAUAUAUUAGCAUUUGUUCAGAAUAUAGUUAAACUCUAAGUUGAUAAAUAUAAUUUCUUCAAUUAUUCAAGAAGACCAUUUCCUUAAGGUGCUGCUACAAUAGGAAAUUGGUUGAUUAUAUUUGAAAUGAUUUCAUUUUUAGCUAUUUUUACAAAUGCUGGUUUGAUUGUAUUUACUUCUGAAAUUAUUAAAGAAAACUAAGUUUAAGUAUUUUCUACACUUUUAAUUGUAUUUUUAACACUUAAAUAUAUAAUCAGAUUUUUAGUACCUGAUGAACCAGCAGAAGCACUUUUAUUGAAUAAAAGACAUGAAUUUGUUGUUGAAAAAGCAGUAAAGGUAAAUAAAUAAAGUUAUUAAAUGAUUUUAGGGAUUUUAAACUGAAAGUAAUGCAAGAUAUUUAAUGUAAAAUGUUAAUAGACGGAUCGGUGGUCCAAAAUAGAUAAUUAGUAGUGAAGAAGAGGAUUGA